UCAGAAAAAAUAUUAAAUUACAGAAUAAAAGAAUUUACUAUAAUAAAUAGAAAAAAAAAUAUUUCCCCUGGGUUCUCUUCUCUUUCUUUGCUCGUUCUCUUGCUGCUACCCCUUUAUUUUGUCUUUUGUCUCUGUUAUCCUCUCUCUAUAAUCUCAAGAGAGCUGCCAUAGCCCCUAUUUGAACAAGCAAAAAGAAAAACUUUAUUGGCUCUUCCGUUUCCAGCAAGUGGGGCACAAGGAGUGUGGGGAGGAGUUUUCUAGGGGAAAAUGGCUGCAGUUGCAAGCGAGGAGACUGGAGUGGGAAGGUCCGUGGAGGGGAUUUCAAGCGGGCAGCGUUGUCAAGCAGGGGAAGCGUUGGCAGAGUGGCGGUCUUUUGACCAGGUGGAAAACGGAACACCUUCAACCUCACCCCCUUACUGGGACUCUGAUGAUGAUGAUGGUGGGCCAAGGCCUUCUGAAUUAUAUGGAAAGUAUACGUGGAAGAUAGAGAAGUUUUCACAGAUUAACAAAAGAGAACUUCGUAGUAAUGCAUUUGAAGUUGGUGGCUACAAGUGGUACAUCUUAAUUUACCCACAAGGUUGUGAUGUUUGCAAUCAUCUCUCAUUGUUUCUCUGUGUUGCUAAUCAUGACAAACUUCUUCCAGGUUGGAGUCAUUUUGCACAGUUUACAAUAGCUGUCGUGAAUAAAGAUCCUAAGAAAUCAAAAUAUUCAGAUACUUUACAUCGAUUCUGGAAGAAAGAGCAUGACUGGGGAUGGAAAAAGUUUAUGGAGCUCUCUAAAGUUUAUGAUGGAUUUAUAGAAUCUGACACACUUAUCAUAAAAGCUCAAGUUCAAGUCAUCAGGGAGAAAGCAGACCGACCUUUUCGUUGCCUUGAUUGUCAGUAUAGGAGAGAACUUGUUAGAGUGUAUUUGACAAAUGUAGAGCAAAUUUGUCGCCGUUUUUUGGAUGAGAGACAACAAAAGCUAGGGAAGUUGAUAGAGGAUAAAGCUAGCUGGUCAAGCUUCUGUGCUUUCUGGUUGGGGAUUGACCAAAAUGCCAGGCGCCGGAUGUCCAGGGAGAAAGCAGAAGUGAUUUUGAAAAUAGUUGUGAAGCACUUUUUUAUAGAGAAGGAAGUGACAUCUACUUUGGUAAUGGAUUCACUUUAUAGUGGGUUGAAGGCACUAGAAGGCCAGAGUAAGGGCAAGAAAGCAAAGUCCAAACUAUUGGAUGCUGAAGAAAUGCCAGCACCGAUUGUUCAUAUGGAAAAAGAUAUGUUUUUGUUGGUGGACGAUGUGCUGCUACUUCUAAAAAGGGCAGCUUUGGAACCACUACCUCCGAAAGAUGAGAAAGGUCCUCAAAACCGAACUAAGGAUGGAAAUUCUGGAGAGGAUUUCAACAAGGAUUCAAUUGAGCGUGAUGAAAGACGUCUUACGGAAUUGGGUCGCAGGACGGUGGAAAUAUUUGUUCUCUCUCAUAUUUUCAGCAACAAGAUUGAAGUUGCCUAUCAGGAAGCUGUUGCUUUAAAAAGGCAAGAAGAACUCAUCCGUGAAGAAGCUGCCUGGCUGGCAGAAAGCGAGCAGAAGGCUAAACGAGGAGCAUCUGAGAAGGAGAAAAAAUCAAAGAAAAAACAGGCUAAGCAAAAACGAAAUAAUCGGAAAAACAAAGAGAAGGGGAGGGAGGACAAGGCUAUUGUGGCAGCAGAGAGGAAGCACCAAGAAUACCACCCCGAUGAUGAAAAGGAAGCCUCUGUGAUGGUGGAGGAGCAGCCAGUGCCCGAAAAGGCUGAUGUUCUGGGUGAUGUUUCUGACUCCGUUGAUGCUGCCACUGAAGUUCUUCAGCCUGACUCCGAAGACAGAGAUGCUAGUCCUGUUAACUGGGAUACAGAUACCUCAGAAAUCCAUCCCCCCACAGAAGCCUGUACCAGUGGAAUAAGUGGACUGUCAUGUGUACAGAAUGGAGUAGCUGAUAAGAGGAGCCCAUCUCUAAUGGAUGAUAGUUCAUCAACAUGUUCAACAGACUCAGUACCGUCAGUGGUAAUGAAUGGUCCCUAUAAAGGGAACUCAUUUUCAAACAACCACAAUAAAAAAUCACUGAGCAGAGGAAGGAACCAGCGAAGUAAAACAUUGAGUGAUGGCAGUAGUUGGACUACAGAAUCUGAUUAUCAGCCUCCUUGUCCUGCAUUAGAUGCAGGGCAUCAAAAUGAUGUCACUGAAAGUAGCAAGGCUGGUGAAGCUGAGUUUGAGGCUGCUGUUUCCUCAUCAGAUCAGACAAAGUGGGCUGAGCAGGAUGCUGUUAGGAAGGAAGAAGUUGUUUUGCCGCUAAAGAAACCAAGCACCAAAGAUUCAGUUGAUUUGGAAAGACCUAAAGAGAAGACGGCUGCUGGACCAUCCUCUCCAAGAAGCCCUUCCAAAAAUCUACUACCUGCUCAGCUUAGGUCAGAGGAAAUGAGUGCUGGCAGUGUAGAUUCUAUUUCAGUUAGGAAGACAUUAUCAAACGGCUUGCAACAGAGUGAUCAACCUGCAUCUUCUAGUACAUCAGUCCAAAUAACUGGUAUUUUGAAAUCUGAGACUCAGAAGUCUGCGACUCCAAAACCAUCUGAACCUACUAUCCCACAAGUCCCUGUGAUGUCAAGGCCCUCCAGUGCCCCUCUAAUUCCUGGUACUAGGCCAACUACUCCUGUUGUUUCUAUGGUUCAAACUACUCCUUUGCUUGCUCGAUCAGUUAGUGCUGUUGGCCACUUGGGCCCUGACCUAUCCCCCGCUGCUGGUUAUGUUCCUCAAUCUUACAGAAAUGCCAUAAUGGGUAACCAUAAUGUUGCUUCUAGUUCAGCUGGUUUUACUCAUUCCAACUCCCCUAGCUCAGGCAUCAACCCAUCACUAGUAUACUCACAACCACCUGCCUUGGUUUCUGCACCACUGUAUAUGCCCCAGAGUUCUGGGAAGAUGGAGCCAAAUUCUGUCCAAUCAGGCCUUCCAUUUGGCUUGGUAACUAGGGAAACCUUUCGGAGUGCUCCCCACUGGAUGGAGAAUUCUCAGAGGGAUAGCAGUAGAAGCAUGCACUCUAAUACUUUGCUUGGUGAAUUUGAAAAUCUUGACUUGUACAGGUCUGUGCAAAAUGGGUCCCGGGAACACUUCUCAAUGGAGUUUCCAGCCUGUGCAUCUGGGCGUCAGACCCAAGGUGUCUUGGCAGACGAGUUUCCACAUCUUGACAUCAUAAAUGAGUUGCUUGAUGAGGAACACAAUGUUGGGAAGGCUGCUAGGGCAGGAGCAGGCUUCCAUGCUCUUGGCAAUGAGCCAUAUUUAUUAAAUCAGCAUUUUCCUUUUCAUUCCGAUUUGGGCUUGUCAGAUGGUAUGGGAUCCUCAAGUGGCUCGUGCAGAUUUGAGCGAAUGCGGAGUUACCAUAAUGAUGGGUUCCAACAAGGUUAUAGUAGUUCCUCCAGCAACCAUUUCGAUACAGAGAGGGAGUUUAUUCCACAAGCUAGCCCCCUACAUUAUGCUAAUGGACAACAAAUUGAUGGACUGGUCCCAAACCGGUGGCAAAUGGCAGCUUCGGAUCUGUCUUUACUCAGCAUGAGGAAUGCAGAUGGUGAAAAUUACGCAUACUACAGCCCAGAGUAUCCGAAUAUGGCAUGUGGCAUCAAUGGCUAUACCGUAUUCCGACCUUCGAAUGGGCACUGAAAAGAGGUAAACAACUAGGGGAGUUUGCCCACAAAUUUGAUUGUUACUUAUCUGAUGUAAUAAUUGAUUUGAGGAAAAUUUGAUGGGGUCUCAGAUUUGGAGUGAGUUUGUAAUCUUUUUCAUAAGGAAAACAUUUUGUAAAGAGUGUUACUGCUGCCUUCUUUACAUCAAGCAUUUUUAGUUUCAUUAGAAA